CCUGAGCUGAAGGUUAUCGCUUGAUCGUCCGUGGAAGUUGGCGGCAUGCAGGCCGACUUUCGGCCGCCGCGGCGCCGCUGCCGUGUGAACGAAGAGUACGUGGCGCCGCUCCCCGUAAGCCGAGGCUCGCCGGAGAGGCGAAGAGCGACAAGGUCCACAACGAGCUGUUUCCGGGCGGACCUCGUCAACCGACAUGUCCUAGUCACCGAGCCCGAGCACAUCAGCGACAUAUACAACCAGGGAUAUUUCGGGAAAGGCAUCCUGUCCAGAGCCCGACCAGAGCUGGGCAUCUCCGACCAAUGGAAGCAAUAUGAAGGCUUCCUGGUUCCUGUCAUAACGCAGGCCAGGUAUGAGGAGCUGCUCGGAUGGGCGGAGUCAGCUCUCUUGGCUCAGGGGUUGGCUCAAGUGGCUAUCAAUCAAAUGCUGUUGCGACUCCGCCAGCCUGUCCAGGUGGAUGAGUUGAGGUGGGAGGUGGAGAACGGGGACAAACCCCAUCCGGAUGCUCAAGCGCAACCACACGCAAACCUCAGUCCUGACCUCGAAUCCAAACUGAGUCAGAGCCUGCUUCGUGAGCUGAGUCCUGGCUCGAGCCCAGACCUCAGUCCUGACCAAGGAUCUGACUCUGAGCCGGAUGAUGCUCCUGUAGUUCCAGGUCCUGGUUUUGUCCUUGUGAGCUUUGACGGUGACCACGUUGCCACGGAGACGCCGCAGCUCAGACGGAAUCCUUUACGAAUGACGGAAUACCUGCAACUCGGCCUGGAGGAGGCCUUCUUCCUGGUAUACAGCCUGGGCUGCCUGUCUGUCUACCUGCAGCAGGAGCCCCUGUCGAUCACGCAGCUGUGGAGACAGUGUGUGGCGCUGCGCCCUGACUUUGUCAGCUCCUAUGCGGCCUACCAUCACUUUCGCAGCAGGGGGUGGGUCCCUAAAGGAGGAAGCGGCGCCAAGUAUGGCGUGGACAUGCUGUUGUACAGGAAAGGUCCUCCCUUCUAUCAUGCCAGUUAUUCAGUGGUAGUGGAAAAAGUGGACGAGCAUUUUCAGGGUUCCACGCUGCGCCCGUUUUCCUGGCGUUCUCUGGCAGCUUUGAGCAGAAUCACUGCGAAUGUCUCGAAGGAGCUGCUCCUGUGUUACGUCAUCCAUCCACCCGACCUGUCAGAAGCUGAGCUGGGGUCGCCUGCCUGCCUGAGUAGGCUGAAGGUUCAGGACGUCAUGGUCAGCAGGUGGGUUUCCUCCAAAGAGCGAGCUGAGCAAGAAGAUAUCUGAUUGUCUGACAGCAGAGGGGGCGUAGUCCACAAACAGUGCAUUUAAUUUAUAAAACACCAUAUUUAAGGGAAAUCUGAAAUUGGAACAGAAAUAUUAAAAAAAAAACAGAUCACGGUAAGACAAGGAAAUCAAUGUUUUCUUUGGUUUUUCAGAAAUGUAUUUAAAAUGAGGAUGCCGGGUACAGAGUUUCAUGUCUGAAUGUUUCAUUGUUUCAUUCUGUACAAUAAAUGAUCACGUUUAUUUGUCAAA